AUGGCAAACGUGGCGUUGAUCGGAGCUACCGGCAUGGUGGGAGGCCAUAUCCUCAGCACCCUCCUGGAAAGCCCUGCUGUAGCUCGCGUGGAUACUAUCUCUCGCAAAACUCCACCUGCAGCAGCUAGCGCACCACAGGCGAAGCUCACAACCUUCGUCUCAGAUGAUACGUCGCGCUGGGCCAGCCAGCUAUCCGCUCUUACUCCCACGCCAUCUAUCUUCAUGUCCGCAUUUGGCACGACUCGUGCUGCGGCUGGUGGCUUCGACAAUCAAUAUAAGGUCGAGCAUGGCCUGAACGUGGAGAUGGCACGCGCGGCGCGCGAUGCCGGCACGAAGGUCUAUGUCCUGAUCUCGUCGUCGGGGGCAAGUAAAACGUCGUCUUUUGCGUAUCCUCGCAUGAAGGGUGAGAUCGAAGACGAUGUGAAGGCGUUGGGAUUCGAAAGGACUGUGAUUCUGCGGCCUGGUCUAAUCUCCGGUCAGCGCGAAGAGAGUCGACCUGCGGAGGCUGCGGUGCGAUUUAUUGCUGGGUUUGCUGGGAAGAUCUAUUCCGGAUUGAAGGACGGAUGGGCCCAAGAUGCGGAUGUCAUUGCUCGAGCUGCCGUUAAUGCCGGUCUUAAAGCACUGGAAGGUGAUGUUCCUGCGGGCAGUGAGAAAGUUUGGGUCUUGACCGGCAGUGACAUUAUUAGGUUCGGAGGAAAGAACUAG